CCUGUAGUCCUAUACAACUCUAUGGUUUUCAGCUGAGAGCAAGUGGAUUGGUGCAGAAAGAAAUGUCUCCUCUGGCCAGCCGUAGCUGUCAGAUGAGUGUUCUGCCCUGGUCACAGUUCAUCAGCUGACACAGAGGGAAGUUUGCAGGGAUCAUGGCUUCGUCCAAAUCUUUGGCCAAGUUCUGGGAAUGGGGCAGAAACAUCAUCUGCGUAGGGAGGAAUUAUGCAGAGCAUGCCCAGGAGCUGAAAAAUGCUGUCCCCAGCGAGCCCCUUUUUUUCCUGAAGCCUUCCUCAGCCUAUGUCCAGGAAGGAGACCCCAUUAUCAAGCCUUACUACUGCAACAAUCUGCACCAUGAGGUGGAGCUGGGAGUGGUGAUUGGGAAGAAAGCCCAUGCUGUCUCCCAGAAGUCUGCUAUGGACCACGUGGCAGGUUAUGCCCUGUGCUUGGACAUGACAGCCAGGGACACCCAAGCUGAGUGCAAGAAAAAGGGCCUUCCUUGGACCUUAGCCAAAGGCUUCAAUACGUCGUGUCCGGUGAGUGAUUUUGUGCCCAAGGAAAAGAUACCAGACCCACACAAGCUGCAGAUCUGGCUCAAGGUAAAUGGUGAGCUGAGGCAAGAAGGGGAAACCUCUUCUAUGAUUUUCUCUAUCCCCUACAUCAUCAGCUAUAUCAGUGAAAUCAUCACCCUGGAAGAAGGGGAUCUGAUUUUGACAGGUAGCCCCAAAGGUGUUUCUGCUGUCCAGGAGCACGAUGAGAUACAAGCUGGAAUACACGGCAUCCUCAGUAUGCAGUUUAAGGUGGCACAGCAAUUGCGCCAAUCUUGAUGGGGGAAUCUGUCGUUUCGUUUUGGGGAGCACUCUACAGCUGCCUUUUAAAACAGCCAAAGAAUGAAGAAAUACCUAGAUGUGUGUUCCCCAGCAGCCUAAAAGAAUGUAUCGCCCAAUCCUCUUGGAAACAAUGAAGAAUCAAACGUACUGAGCUAAAUUAGGUUCUGUGAGCCUUCUUAUAAAGGCCCCAGAUAAGGACUACCACUGUUGUGACGGUCAAGCUUUCCACAUUUAUUGAAUGGCACACAGAUCCAGCUAAAAAUAUGUAUAUGGUAGAGAGGCACUCAAGCAAUCUGGUUAAUGUGUUAUAUUUAAAGGAAGCAGCUUUAAAAAGGAGAGCUGGGAGUGUGUGAGAGAAAGGGAAUUGUUGUGAUGAAACACCAGUUUAGGAAGUACUCUAAUGAAAUCGGUUUAAAAUAAAUGUUCUGUCAUACUGUUUUUGCUCUAAUCCUAAAACUAAUGUAGUGCUCCAGGCAUAUUGUCUUUAAAAUAAACAUUGAUUUUUUGCUAAGGCAUGAAGAGGCCCUUGGAAAUAAGUGUCCACAAAUUUAAAAUUGUUUAAGAAAAUCAGCAUUAUUGUCACCACUUUUUUUUUUUUUUUUUUUACUGUCCAUUAAUUUUUUGGUGGGGCAAGGUGACAUUAUAGGCACAUGAAAUUUGGUCUUGUUAAAGGAAAGAUUCUCUGUGGUAUACUGCACCACAGGUGCAUGUUUGCUUCUUUUAUGUGACUGUCAUUAAA